GGCAGAUGGAGCUCCGUGGCCGGCGCUGCUGGGUGGCUGGCGCCUGAAGUGGUGACAGGUCAACCAUGUGGCCCCAAAGUGGACAUAUGGUCUCUGGGAAUUGUGGGCAUCGAAAUGGUGGAACAAGAAGUUCCUUCCUGGAAUGCAACUCCUGUCUUGCCCCAACUCCUGAUAGCCACAGGAGGAAGACAAAAGCUGCAGCAGCCCAACCUAUUUUCAUCUUGCCUGCGUGACUUCCUGAGCUGCUGCCUGCAGAGAGACGAGGCGCGGCGCUGGUCUGCCAAGGAGCUCCUGCAGCAUCCAUUUGUAAGAUUUGCUGAGCCUGCGUCCAGCCUGGUGCCACUGAUUGUUUCAGUGAAGAAGAGGAGGGAGACAAGAAUGUGAUAAUCACAUCAGGACCAUUUAUUCCUCAAUCAGUUUAGAGUAGGAUUGUAGGUUAGGAUUAGGAUUAGGAUUAGGAUUAGGAUUAGGAUUAGGAUUAGGAUUAGGAUUAGGAUUAGGAUUA